ACAAAAGGCCUCGGGAUCUCGGCGCAGGUUAAAAAUGACAAGGAAUUUGUUAUUGGAAAUUCAAACACAACAGACCAGUUUUGUCUAGAUAUUUAAGAAGUGCAACAAGGGAUUCAAUCAACAAUCCUUCCUGCUCAGACUGUGGGGAGGAAUUCACUCAGUCAUCUAACCGACAGGCACGCCUGUUAUUUUACACGGGGGAGAGGCCAUUCACUUGCUCAGACAGUGGGAGUGGAUUCAGUUGGUCAUCACAACUGAAGGUACAUCAGCAAAUUCACACUGGGACAAGGCUAUUCACCUAUUCUGUGGGUGAGAAGGGAUUCAGUCGGUCAUCCCACCUGUGGACACACCAGUCAGUUCACACUGGGCAGAGGCUGGUCAUCUGCUGAAUUUGCGGGGAAGGAUUCUCUCGGUCAUCUGACCUAAUGGCUCAUCAGCGAGUUGACACCGGGGAGCGGCCGUUCACCUGCUUGGACUACGGGAAGAGAUUCACUGAAUCAUCUAAGUUGAAGGUACAUCAAGGAGUUCAUACUGGGGAGAGGCCAUUCACCUGCUCAGACUGUGGAAAGAGAUUCACUCGGUCAUCUCACCUACUGCUACAUCGGUUAGUUCACACUGCAGAGAGGGAUUUCACCUGCUCAGAUUGUGGGAAGAGAUUCACUCACUCUUCCACCCUACAGAGACACCAGUCAGUUCACACCAGGGAGAGGCCAUUCACCUGCUCAGUCUGUGGGAAGAGAUUCACACAGUCAUCACACCUACAGAGACACCAGCAAGUUCACACUGGGGAGAAGCCUUUCACCUGCUCAGACUGUGGGAAGAGAUUCACACAGUCAUCCACCCUACAGAGACACCAGUCAGUUCACACUGGGGAGUGGCGGUUCACCUGCUCAGAAUGUGGGAAGGGAUUCACACAGUUAUCCAAAUUACUGGCACACCAGUCAGUUCACAGUGGGGAGUGGCCAUUCACCUGCUCAGACUGUGGGAAGGGAUUCACUCGGUCAUCUGAUCUGCUGACACACGGGCGAGUUCACACCGGGGAGAGGCCAUUCACCUGCUGUGAAUGUGGGAAGGGAUUCGCUCGGUCAUCUGAUCUACAGAUACACCAGCGAGUUCACACUGGCGAGAGGCCGUUUACCUGCUCAGUCUGUGGGAAGGGAUUCCAUCAAUCAUCCAACUUUCAUAGACACCAGCAAUUUCACACUGGGGUGAAGCAGUUCACCUGCUCAGACUGUGGGAAGGGAUUCAGUCGGUCAUCCUCACUAUUGGCACACCAGUCAGUUCACACUGGGGAGUGGCCAUUCACCUGCACAGAAUGUGGGAAAGGAUUCACUCAGUCAUCUGAACUACUGGUACACCAGUCAGUUCACAGUGGGGUGUGGCCGUUCACCUGCUCAGAAUGUGGGAAGGGAUUCACUCAGUCAUCCAACCUACAGAGACACCAGUCAGUUCACACUGGGGAGAAGCCGUUCACCUGCUGUGAAUGUGGGAAGGGAUUUGCUCGGUUAUCUGAUCUACAGAUACACCAGCGAGUUCACACUGGGGAGAGACCAUUCACCUGCUCAGUCUGUGGGAAGGGGUUCCAUCAGUCAUCCAACCUUCAUAGACACCAGCGAGUUCACACUGGGGUGAAGCCGUUCACCUGCUGUGAAUGUGGGAAGGGAUUCACUCGGUCAUCCUCACUAUUAGCACAUCAGCGAGUUCACACUGGGGAGAGGCCGUUCAUCUGCUGUGAAUGUGGGAAGGGAUUCACUCAGUCAUCUCAUCUGCUGGCACACCAGCGAGUUCACAGUGGGUAGAGACCGUUCACCUGCUCAGAACGUGGGAAGGGAUUCACUCAGUCAUCCAAUCUACAAAGACACCAGCAAGUUCACUUCGGGUAAAGGCCGAUCACCUGCUGAGACGUUGGGAAGUGUUUUCUCAGCCAUCUCCAUCAAAUGUGCAUCAUUGGGUUCACACUGUGGAGAGGCCGUUCACCUGCUGUGAAUGUGGGAAGGGAUUCACUCAGUAAUCUAACCUUGUGACACAGUACCGGGUUCACACUGGGGAGAAAGUUUCAAUAAGCUGCAUGCUGGAUAUUUGUCCAUCAUUGUUGCAGAAUGCAAUUUCGAGAGUGACUGUCGGUGCUGAACUCUGCAAUUAUUGCUGCUAUUCACCACACACAGUUCUGCACCCUGGUCACUGGGCAUGGGAGGAGUUUCUACUGCUGCCUAGUCACCUUUAAUGGAACUGGAUCUGAGACAAAUAAAUCAGUUCUAUUUUAAA